AGCAGACCCAUAGUAUGCCUUAACUCCUAAGCUUUACGUCUGACUGUCAUGGUGGGUAGUUUUCUUCCUUCCUCCGUUCCCUUGUUUUGCCGUUCAACUGUAAAUGGUCGAAUUGGGGUUCCGGACUUUUGGUUCCAACGCGGUUUCUCUCUCUCCAUUUCUGCAACUUUCGCGGUAGACGAGCAAAUUUGAAUCAUCUUCGCAGCUUUUCAAUUUCGAUUUCUCGAUGGCGACGAGAAAUAGAACUCCUCUGUACAGAAAGUACAGAGAUUCUCUGAGGAGCGUUCGACCGACAAUCUCUUCUCCAUCGGGUUCUUCUUCUUCUCAUGCUUCGCCCGGUCCUGUUAUCGAAAUGGUGAGCUCUUCGCUUCUGCAUCCCAAUCGGUCUUAUACAGCCCUCAGUACCGAAGAUCCAGGCAGUUCCAGUGGGGCUGCACUGACAGUAGGUCUACCUCCAGCUUGGGUGGAUGUUUCUGAAGAAAUAGCCAUAAAUAUGCAACGUGCACGGACAAAAAUGUCAGAACUAGCCAAGGCUCAUGCAAAGGCUUUAAUGCCAUCGUUUGGGGAUGGAAAAGAAGAUCAAUGCACAAUUGAGGCUCUUACCCAUGAGGUCACACAUCUGUUGAAGAAGUCUGAGAAGAGUUUACAGAAGCUUUCUGCAAGAGGGGCUUCUGAGGAUUCGAAUGUUAGAAAAAAUGUACAGCGUUCUCUUGCUACAGACCUUCAGAGCCUUUCAAUGGAGUUCCGGAAGAAGCAAUCGACUUAUUUGAAGCGUCUUCAGCAGCAAAAGGAGGGUCAAGAUGGGUUUGACUUGGAGAUGAAUUUAAAUGGAAACAAAUCUAAACUGGAAGAUGAUGACUUUGACAAUAUGGGAUUUAGUGAGCACCAAAUGGCCAAGAUAAAGAAAAGUGAGGCAUUCACAGUGGAAAGGGAGAGAGAGAUUACACAGGUUGUGGAAUCAGUGAAUGAGCUUGCUCAAAUAAUGAAGGAUCUUUCAGUCCUUGUGAUAGACCAGGGGACCAUUGUUGAUCGGAUAGACUACAAUAUUCAGAAUGUUGCAUCCUCAGUUGAGCAGGGUUUUAAACAGCUAGAGAAGGCAGAGAGAAGUCAGAGAAAAGGGGGAAUGGUGACAUGUGUUAUGGUGCUUGUGUUGAUGUGUUUCAUUAUGCUGGUUCUCCUGAUCCUCAAGUCAAUAUUUUUGUGAUCCUUGCUUUAGCUCCUCUCCAUUCAAAAUUCUUUUUGUUAUCAGCCUGCAAGCAACUUACACGGUUGAAGCUUCAGAAAUGGUGCAUAUCAUUUUUGGGGGUGGGUUGGCAGAUACUCCUUUGUGAUAUGCAAGAGAGCUUGUAUAAAACCAGAGUCUCGGGAGAAACUAAGAAGGUGAUGGCUGCCCUGGGUACAUGUAUGAAGGUGUAUUCUAUUGUAUUUGUCAAAUUGGCAAGCGCGUUAUAGUGGAGGAUAGGGAUUUUGAUUUUGAAAUUUCCCAGGGAUUUUGGAAAGUUGGCGUCCCUAUCCCUUACGACGAUGUCAAGAGUGAGAUUUUCUUUUGCUUGUAUCAAUUCUUUUAUGGAUAUUCUUGUAGGCAAUAAAAAAGGAAUCAUCUCAUGUCC